AUGACUGAACCAGUUGUAUAUCAAACAUGUCAAUCGACUAUAAAUUGUACUUAUUCAAUUGUCAGUCAAAUCUGUAAAGAAGGGUGGUGUAUAUUUGAAUGUCAGAGUGAUGCCGAUUGCAUAUCAGGAGGAACUUGUUCAUCUAAUGUUUGCAAUUGGUCCGGAAAAUCAACACCACCGUUAUUACAAGAAACAUUAUCGUCACCACAAGAUUCGAAUUUAUACCCAGACACCACGAAUUCUAAUGGAACCAGUGACGGAAUAUUUAAAUUAAAUUCGCCAUUUGUAUUAGUGAUCGUAAUAAUAACCCUUCUGGUGCUGGUUUGUGCUAUAGUUGCCUUGUUAUUUUUCGUUUUUCGUCGUAAAAGAACUGCAGCAGCUUCUCGCGGUUUAAAACCCUUAUAUUUAUCAUCGUCUUCAACUAAAAAAGACUCAAGAGAAAAAGAUAGUAGAAGUGUUAAAAAACCUCCUCAUCAAUAUGAUAGUACGGUGAUGUUUGAAUCAGAAGAUGAAGGAAAAGAAGAACCUUUUGAAGAAUCAUACUCUGAAGGUGCCGUUGGUUCGGCUGCCAUUCCGCCGCCGCGUGUUCCUCAACGUUCUCAAACCAUGUAUGGAACAUCGACUCCUUCGACUUCAAUGGUUGAAUUAACAUCACCACUGGAACCUCCAAUUUUCCAGCAGCAUCAUUUUAUGGCCGCAGAAGGCAACGAUCCACAGCAGCAGCCACCACAUCAACAAUAG